CAUCAUAUUGUGGUGCCUAUUGAAUAAUAAAAUUCUGGAUUUGAUUUCUCCUAUUGAGUGACAAGAGAGCCAAAGAACUUCUGUGAUAACAUCAGAAAUCUAUCUUUUAAUUUUAAGUAUCCCAAAACUGGAGGUAAGAGGGUUAAAUGAUACUGAAGAUUAAAUACUGAAUCCUGAAAAUUAAUAUUCCAGGAUUUGUAAUGAAAGGAGCUGAAAGGUUUGGUUUAGUGUAAAAUCUAACAAAUUCAUCAUGUCUUGAUUUGCCACCAAUAAAUGUCACCUAAACAUAUUUCUAAAUUACUUGGUUAUGCCAAAUGUUUUUAAUGUCCUGUAUUAGAAUACUAAAGCAACUUGGAUUAAAACGACCUGAUGCAGUUAAUGCUUCAAUAAUCUUUUUGGGUUAUAGGUCAGGUACGUUUUUACAGAUUAAUCAUAUGCAAAUAUUUUUAGAGAUGUGAAAGAGUGAUUGAAGUUAAGCAGGGUAUCAUUAAACAGUUUUUGAACUGAUUUUCCUGAAAAGCUUGUAAAACUUCAAUCCUAUAUCCAUUUGCCUGCUGAGUUUGGGACUUCUGAGUGGGUACCUGCAUGGCUAUAAUGUAAAGCAUUUAAGGUAGCAAUCCCCAACUUUUCCAGCUUGGCAGACAGGUGGAGGGGGGGUAUGAUUCACUGUGAGCAGUGGCACACACACAACUCAAUUUGCAUGAGUUGUGGUUGUGUGUGCCCACCACUCACAAAAAUGGAGCUGUGCGCUCACCUACUGCUUGCAUAGCCCAAUUCGUAACCUGGGAAUUUGAGAUACCUGAUUUAACGUAUGCAGAAAAAGUUUCUCAAACUUUUUGAAACUACCUAAAAGUUGACUUAUAUGUUAUGUUAUAUAGUCUGCACUUGAUGGAAACAAAGCACAUAAUAAAUGCAUUCCAUCAACUCAGUGAUGUUAAUGAAAAUUACACCUUGCUUUGUUCUAUUUCUUUAAAUAAAACAGAGUUGAAGGGAGUUAAGGUAUCACCAAGUCUAAUCCUCUGCAUACAACAGGAUUCACUACAUUACCAAUAGAUGAUAUAUUUUAAAAACCCCAGAGAAGGGGAAGAGAUCACUCUACGUGGUAACCUAUUCACCUAAUUUUCAAAGAACUUUUUUGAGAAUAUGUGAGAUGUUACUUAAAUAGGACACUCAUGAUUUUGAAAUAUUAAGCAAGCUGAAUUCAGGUUCAAAAGAUAGGAGACACUAAAGAAUAGGUAGCUCCACCAAUUCCUUCUGCACAAUUCAGUCAUGUUUGUUUCUGGAUUUAUAUUUAAUGUUUUGGAGAAAUCCUUACCCAUCAAUAUUAGGGUUUUUUUUACUUAAGUUAACCUUAAGUGAAAGGUUUUUAAAAAACUUCAGUGCCUGUCAUUCACUAUUCAACAUGCAGUCUUCCUAUAACCAAUGUCCACAGUAUUUUAAUGAAUAUUGACAAGUUUUAUUUAUAGGGCUUUAUUGCAAAGAUUCAUUGCUAUAAAAUAUCUGUCAGUUGUGGAUAGAAACAUGAAAACUGAUGCUUAUGAUGGCUUUCUUCAUGUUUGGGAGACGGUGAAGUAAACAAACUGCAUUUGAAUUCUCAUAAUUGCAGAUUAUUUUGGUCUAUUUUUUAUCCUAUUUGUCCUCACUGAGUGAUCAAAGAACUACAUUUGUAUAUGUGCGCAUAAAGGUAAAUACCGCCCUGAGUCCCUUGGGAGAUAGGGCGGUAUAUAAAUAUGAUUAAAUAAAUAAAUAAUAAAUAAAUAAAGGUUCCCCUCGCACAUGUGCUACUCGUUCCCGACUAGGGGGCUAUGCUCAUCUCAGUUAAAAAGCUGAAGAGCCAGUGCUGUCUGAAGACGUCUCCGUAGUCAUGUGUCUGGCAUGACUAAACGCCAAAGGCACACACAACACUGUUACCUUCCCACCAAAGGUGGUCCCUAUUUUUCUACUUGCAUUUUUUAUGUACUUUUAAACUGCUAGGUUGGCAGAAGCUGGGACAAUUAACGGGAGCUCACUCCAUUACGCAGCACUAGGGAUUCGAACCACUGAACUGCUGACCUUUCUGAUUGACCAGCUCAGCGUCUCAGCCACUGAGCCACUGUGUCCCACUCUGUAUGUGUGUAUAUGGAGAUUUAAAAAGGGAAAGGAAAGAUAAAUGCAAAGUGAACUUGUCCUCAUUCCCAGAACCAUUGCCAAAAGAAACUUUGGAAGCUCAGUCAGCUGAUACAUUUUUAGACUUCAUGGGAACUGCCGAGAAGUGUGAGCAAUAUAUAAAAAGCAUCUCUUGCAACUGUUUUCCCCAUUAAAAUGAUUAUAAUUGUUUUGAAACAACAAUUAUAAAAUGGGCAAAAUGUUGCCACUUCAUUGGAUCAUUUAACAGUGUUACUAUGAUUAUAGUAGCAUAGUCUUAAUACAGACAAAAUUCUUGAUGGCAUUGUGGGAAAUCUGUUUGCUGCCUAAGGUUUUAAUUGCUCUGCUGGGAACAGCAUAGAACCCAAGAGUCUGCUACAUAGUAUUCACUUGACCUUACCAUUUUUAUAAAAACCUCAAGGCAUGAAAUCAAGAAUCUACAUAAAAAAUUGAAUUCUUGAGCCAUGGAAUUUUAUACUCGGUAUGCCUUCAUUUGGCUCUAUCUAUGAAACAAAAAUACUCUGAGUUCCAGUUCUAUCUUGACUAUGUUUUUCUUAACAAACCUGCAUUUUGUCAAAUCCUUUGUUUUAAUUGCAUAUUAAACAUUUUUCUUUAGAUAGGAGUGGUGGAUUGAAUGCAAUGCCUAGUUGCUUUUAUACUUUACAGAGAUAGUUAUGGAAGUUUUUCAAAACUGGUACAAUUUCAUUUUCACUUAGCAGAUUUAAAUAAUUGAGGUUUGAUUUGCUUGUUACACUAUUCUCUAUAUUUUUUAUCACUGGCCAAUGUAUGCCAUAAACUUUCGAAUUAUUUUUCAGUUAACAUAAUUUUAAUUUGAAGGUUUGUUUCAUUACAUGUUUUAUUUGUAGUCAAUGUGUCUGCAGAUGAUAAUUCUGCGGAGUGUUUUGCAGUGGAAAAUUAAAAUGCUAGGCUGAACUUAUUCAUGUUGUAGGUGUCAAAUUCUCUAACCUUUGGCAUCUUUCUAAUUCAUAGAGUGCCCUAUACCUCUAUGGCUGAAGUAAUUUCUAUUAGAAAACAUAAAUCAUUGCCAAAGUGGAUUCUUGAAUAGUUCAGGUGCAAAUGAUUAAUACAAACAUUCAUAUGCUGUCAUUUCUAAUGGAAACCAUCUGCAGUAUCAAAAUAAUCUGUGGACAUCAUCUGUCCCAAAGCAGUUUCUACCUGGUUUGGUUGCAGCUUUUUCUUUAGUCUCCAGAAAUAGUAGCUGCUGAAAGAUGAGGUCUAAUAAGACCGUUCAUUAAGUAUUCAGGAAUAAUGAAAAUCAAAGAUUUGCUGAGAGACGGAACAUAUGGGAUCUCAUUCCUUCGUUUCCAGUAGUAACUUCUCAUAAGACAUUGCUUUACGAAGAGAAAGAGGCAAGCAUGUGGGGUUCUGUGCCUUUAUAUUCAUUUGCUCUGGACUAUAUACCCUUUACAAAAAAUAACCUCACUUACUCUGUUUUUUUAAACAUGCAUUAAGGCAUGGGUGUCAAACUCACGUUGAUGUCACAUGAUGUAUUGUGACUUUUUUGCCUUUGCGGAGCUGGGGUGGGUGUGGCCUAGCCUGUGUGUGAUGCAUCCGGCCCGUGGCCGCUAGUUUGACACUUCUGCAUUAAGAGAAAUGACAAAGCUACAUGAAGUUCAUGUUUGAAAACUGAACUUGAAACAAUUAAGACAGGGAUGAACAAGGGUGUCUAAUUUAGAUGUUUUAAUUCAAAAAUAUUUAUAAAUUUGCACCUUAUCUCAGUAAAUUUAGAAGACACUUGUUUGAUGUAAUAUUAAGAUAGACUAGCAAUCUUUUGGUGGAUGUUCCCAUAAACCAGUGGUAGUCAACCUGGUCCCUACCGCCCACUAGUGAGCGUACCAGUUUCAUGGUGGGCAGUAGCAAUUUUGUCCGAUACUAAAGCACUUUCCUUUUUUUAAAUUUAAUUGAGUUUUAUAAAAAUGUUCAUAGCAUUAUUUAAAAACAUUUUCAUUAGGUUUUCAUCAAAUUCCCCGUGACAAUUUAAAUUUCUGAAAAUAUACUAUUUGUAUCGCCCGCGCAUAAGUUUAGUUCACGUUACAUAAGUGAAACUACAUGGCGCUAUACUGUGACUGCAAACAAAAGAGCCUUGUCCCAGAAUAGCUCGCGCAUCUCCCCCACACACCACCCAGCUGUAACAGACAAGCAGAGCUGGUAGCCGGUGCCCCCCCCCAAAACCCAAUCCACGAUGCGCGAGAGGCAUGCGCAGAUGACGAUACAUGGCGCAUUACUGUGGAACCGGUGGGUGGUUAGAAAAUUUUUAUUACUAACAGAGAUACAAAAGUGGGUGGUAGGUAUAAAAGGUUGAGUACCCCUGCCAUAAACAGUUGGGCUUGCAGGAUCCAGUGGAAAUCAUGAUAUUGCUAUGAUUUUGGGGCAAAAUUCUGGGGAGUUCUUAGUGGGCUUUGGCAAUUAAAAAAAAACCCUUUAAGCCUAUUUUAGGUCAGAGAAGAGUUGUUGAAAUUUUCCUGUUUCAAUAUUGAAAGAAAGCACACUAUUUUUCAGAUAUGUUCAGCAGGGUUUCAAGAAAAUAUGCAGAAAUUUCAGAUUGCCUACCUUGGCGAAGCAUAAAGUAUCAAGAAAGUGUCUUUCUGUCCCAGGCUGAUAUUGCAUUAGAGUGGGGAAAAGUGGGGAUUCAACUGUUCUGUUUUCUAAUGUAGUCUAUGCCAGACUAGGGGCACUUUACUGAGGCUUUGUACUGCAGGCUGUCGAGGGACAAUGAGCUUUACUGAAAUAAUCCAUAAACUCAUCCACAUUUCCUUCAGAAGGAGGUCCUGGUAUCCAGGACUGUGCCAGUUUAGAAUAGGUAUGUUACUGGGUUUAAAAUAUUUGCAUAUAAUGAGCUAAUGAGUUAAAGAAGGAGCUGUGCAGAAUCUGUCCAUGAGUUAUCAUAUCUGUCAUAGGUUAUUUUUCCUAUGAGCUAAAUAUUCUUGACUCUAGCUAAAAUUGCACCAUCUAGAAUUCACCCACUCUUAUGUGUAACACUAAUGUCUUAGCUCUGGGUCCUUACGGUCGUUUUGAAUAUCCAUGCUCAAAACCCAAGUAAGGCACCUAGAAGACCUUUGCUCUACUAGGAUCCUAUUCAUAUGGCUGCUAUCUGAUACUAGUCAUGAAAGAGUUAAUGAAGGGGCUUAUUUUCGUGGGAAGGCAAGAGAGGCGAAAAGAGAAGUGUCCUGCAUUCCCAAAAUGCGCCCUGCCAAAAGCAGCCGUUUAUAUCAUGGGUCGUUGCCACAUUCCCACACAUUUUGCUCCUAAUUAACAUCCUGCUGGACAGCUGAGCUGUUUCAAACAGGAAGCUGUUUAUAGAUAACGCUUGCAAACUUGGGCCUGAUUUGCUGAAUGGUCGAAGAGCAGGAGUUGAGCCCGCUUCAAAUUAAAACCUAUUGGACUUUUGUAAAUACUAGCAAUGAGGUCCAUCUGUGGUACAGUGCCCUUUCAGUCAGCAGCUCAGCUACAGCGCCUCUUCUCUCAGCAAAUCUAAGCCUUGCAUUCCUGUCUCUGCCAAGAUCUGGAUAUGCUCAGCAUAUUGCAGAGGAAUCCUGCUCUGUUCAGAUUCUGGUUCCAGGCCUCAAAGGGGAAAAUGGAGAAAAGGGGGAAAAAGGUGCUCCAGGCCGUCCUGGAAGAGUUGGACCUCCAGGGGAAAAAGGAGAAGUGGGAGACAAAGGGCAGAAAGGUAGCAUGGGGCGACAUGGAAAAGUUGGUCCCAUAGGCUCAAAAGGACAAAAAGGAGAUAAUGGAGAUAUAGGUCCACCUGGUCCUAAUGGAGAUCCAGGUAUUCCUUGUGAAUGUGGCCAGCUACGAACAGCCAUUGGUAAAAUGGAUAAUCAAGUGACCCUGCUGACAACAGAGCUGAAGUUUAUUAAAAAAGCACUGCCCUCCCCCGCAGCUGUUGCUGGUGUGCGUGAGACAGAUAAUAAGACAUACCUGCUGGUGAAAGAACAGAAGCGGUAUGUGGACGCCCAACUCUACUGCCAAGGAAGAGGAGGGACACUGAGCAUGCCCAAGGAUGAAGCCACCAAUAAUCUUAUUGCUUCUUACAUCAAUCAAGCUGGCCUCAGCCGAGUUUUCAUUGGCAUUAAUGACCUUGAGAAAGAAGGCAGCUUUGUCUACUCGGACCGAUCCCCUAUGCAGACCUUCAACAAGUGGAGCAGUGGUGAACCAAAUAAUGCUUAUGAUGAGGAGGACUGUGUAGAAAUGAUCACCUCUGGGGGCUGGAAUGAUGUGGCAUGUCACAUUACAAUGAAUUUUGUAUGUGAAUUUGACAAAGAAAAUGUUUAAUAAAGUUUCCCCCUGUCAGGCUCUCUAUAUGAAUUUCUUUGGGGGAAGGUGAAUAAUUUGGGCAGUCCAACUAUUGUCAUCAGUACUCCAAUCUCGGGAUUGAUUUUAUAUGGAAGUUGGUUUCUUGUUUAUGAGAUCCUUUGUAUCAGUGUGUAAAACAAUCCCAAGAUAAUUUUAUCUUCAUCUAUCCUUUCAUUCACAUUUUUUCCAGCAAUCCCAUCAUCAACACAUACAUAAUUUUUUUUUUUGUUUGUUUACAUUUAUACCCCGCCCUUCUCCGAAGACUCAGGGCGGCUUACAAUGUAUAAGGCAAUAGUCUCAUUCUAUUUGUAUAUUUUUUUACAAAGUCAACUUAUUGCCCCCCCAACAAUCUGGGUCCUCAUUUUACCUACCUUAUAAAGGGUGGAAGGCUGAGUCAACCUUGGGCCGGGCUCGAACCUGCAGUAAUUGCAGGCUCUGUGUUUUAAUAACAGGCUUCUCUAUUGCCUGAGCUAUCCCGGCCCCUGAUUAAAUUAAAAAGUUUUGUUAAAAUUUCUCUUUCUUUUGUGCAGGUUUUGAGUAUGGACCUUUCCCUCUAUACUUGUAAGUAUAGUGGGGUACAGGUAAGAGAAAAGUAAUGUAGGAAAUAAACCUUAUUUAUUAGAUAUGGCUAUUUAUAGUUACCCACUGUGGAGAAGGAAAGUAUUAUUUCUCAUGGGUUUACUUCACUCUUAUUUGGCAUUAGGAUUUGUUUUUGUUAUUAAUGAAACCAUUUACGGAGUUUUAAUCUUAGAAAAACUCAUUUUUUCAGGAUGACUUAGAAUUAACUCCUCUUUUUGUCAUUUUACCUGUAGAAAAUACGAACCCACGAUAUGUUUAAUGGUUUUGCCUCAAAAAAUUAUUUCUCUUUGUAUGUAUCAGUAUAUACACAUGCAGGGAAUCACAUUGUUUAGCGGUCCAUGCAACAGGUAAAAGUGCGAAAUAUAUCUUGCAUAGCUGAAGAUAUAUGGCUGACUAGGUAGGUUCAUUCCUGUGCAAUACACAAAGAAGUGUCUAACAAUGUAAUAAACUGUUUUACAUAGCAAAGCUACUCAGAAAUCCACUAAUUUUUUAAAUGAAGACUUUUACCAUUUUCAAUAGGACUUUGUAAAAGUGCUUCCCAGCUGAUUACCGCUGUUGUGAAGACUGUGAUAUGGAUAGAAGUUGGCACACAGGAACAUAAAAAAAACUUUUAAAUGCAGCAUUGAGAAGUUAUUGAACAAUGGUAGUAAAAUGUAAAUAUCAGGAAAAGCAACAAAAGAUGUUAGUUUGUAAACUAAACCUAACCCUAUUUGCUGUUAAUGUGAUGGGUUAUAAGAUGUUUAGAAAUAUAUAUUAGAAUUGUACAGCUGUAAAUAUAAUCUAGGUAUUUUUAGGUAUUUCAAAUAUCAAUUCCCCUUAGAAGGAAAGAGCAGUGAUGAUACAAUUUUCAUUCCUGAAAUAAAUAUGGCCCACAUUCAGGCAAUGCUUAGUGAAUGUUUGAAAUCACUGGGCUUAAACUUAAUUCUGGUCCAGAAACCUAUACCUUGAGCCAAAACCCUCAAUUACUUCACUUUUGAGAUGAAUAAAAGAUAAACAAUUCUUUUAGGAUAUUUAAAUAAUAUGUCUAUGAUUUCCAUUUUUAUACAAAAAACUUACUCUUUAAACAAGAAAUCAUCUUGAUGUGGUUUCAUAAAUAUAUCUUCAGGAGAAUAGUAAUUUCUGAAAUUUAGCACACUAGUUCCUUAUAUUCUCUAGUAUAUUUAAUAUUUAACAUUUAAAACAUUUGCAGCUGUAGAUUUCCUGGACUGAAUUAAUUUAAGUGAACAGUCCAAGUAGCAUUUAAUACUCUAUAACUUGACAAUAGGAAAUUAAAAGAAACAUUAUAGAAAGAAUAAACUAUUUUCUUGAUUUAGUAGCUGGCAUGCUUAUAUCUAUGUAUGUAUGGUUAGGGUUAAAGAAAUGAAUAAGCAGAUCUCUGUUAUCCAUGUGGUUUCAUGAUGACCAGGCGUGGGCUGCGAAGUCUAAUGAGCAGCAGAUGGCAGCAAAGAUUUAAUGUUUUAAAAAUCUAUAGGUUAUUAUAUAGUACAAUAGUUGUAAUUUUUGUAUCCAAGGUCUGAUAAUAUAUAAUUUUUAAAUGGCUUUUCUUUAUUCUUGCCAUUGUAGGCAAGGAGAAGCUGAGUAUCACCUAUCCUGGUAUUAAACAACAAAAAUUUGAAUUAAUUUAUCUAAUGUUAACCAUUACUCCAUCUGAGACUAAGAUUAGUUACAACUAUAAAUUAACUCUAGUGAAAUUCUGUAUCUGUAAUUAGGAUGACUGAGUUCUUAAUCCCAUGACAGAAGCAUAUUCAACUGAAUGUAAUGUGCUUCUACCUGGGUUACAAUUGAGGAGGUGCACAUGAAAUGACUGAAAUCAAAAAUAAAUGUAGCAUGUUCUUAUUUCAUCAGCACAAAUUAAUCCAUAUGAAGUCUGAGACAAAUCCCAGCUGUAAGAAAUGGAUAUUAAUUUAAUUGGCUCCUCAAGGUUGCUAGUGUUGGAAGUAAACUGGGAUACGUUUAUUAAUAUAAAUGAGCUACAAAAUUAACUCCAGCAUGCAAACAAAACUUAAAACUGAUUAACUGUCUCUGCUUGACUUUUGGGGAAUCCUACAGCUUCUUUACCACAAACACUAUCAGUGGCUUAUAGCAGCACAAGGAAACAAGUCAGUUAAUGAUUUUUAGACAUGUGUAUGGAUAACAAACUGCAUAUGCUUAUUUAAUAAACAUAAUUAAUAAAGAUGUUCCAUUUGAAUAUUUGCUAUAGUUUGAUUAUAGUUCUGGUUUAGGUUCACUUUAUUUUGCUAUAUUAAACUUUUCUACAUUGACCUACAUUGUUAUGGCAUUUCUAAAUAAGUCACUGAAUCAGCUGUACUGAGCUGCAGGGUACAUUAGAAACAAAACAUUUUCAGUUUGCAUGACUCUUCCUUGCUACCACUAUACCAAUGAGUCCUCACAGACUGUUUCAGUGUGUUGCUAUAGGCUAGUAGUAAAGAUGUUACAUAAUGACUUGGAGGACCCACAGAAGCAGAUUUGAUAAAUGGGUAGAUCUUUAGUUCUCAACUUAUCUCACAAAGUGAUUGUGAAAAGUGAAGUUCUAUGUAGUAGUGCUAUUUAGUGCUUCAAAUUCACUUCCCUAAAAGUGCUUCUGGGGAUGUGAACAUAAUUAAAGGAGUUAUAUUUUUCCCUGGAUCAUAUGACAGUUCCAGACGACAAGGUCCAAGAAAAAAUGAAAUUUCUUUAAAGAAUUGCAGACAAGCUGCUCAAUUGGCAUUUCCAUGUGCUCCAAGCUAUUUUUUUGGAACUGAAUCUGAAAUACUUUAUGGCCCACCGAUGUACACAAUCUUGAGUUCAUAUAGAAGAAGAAAAAUAUAAAGGACCAAAACAUUUUUUUUUCAAAAGUAGGAUAUUGAUCUCAAAAAAUACAUAAAUACCUAAAAUAUAAUAUUUGCAUAUUUAGCAUAAUAUAGACAAACUGGCAAUAGGUUCCAGUAAAUGAUAUUUAAGAAACUUUCAAAUCCUAACAAUCAAUGAUUCUAAGACUGAACAUAUCUUUCUGAAAAACUAUUGUUAGCAACUAACACAUGAACACACAAUAAUUUUGUUUUUUGUAUGUUUGCUUUCAAAAUACUU